GACGCGCUGUUCUGACUCGCCUUCUCAUUCUUCGUGGAGUCGACACAAACCACACACAGAUAUUUAACACCGAACGGAUAUUUACAGAAUAAAGCCCGACGCCGUUUAUUGCAAGCGGAGAGAAGAGGACACAGAAUGGGGUGUCGAGAGGUUUUUAUAUUCGUGGUGUUCGCGGCAUCGACACUCGCGGUUGAGGUGCCGUCAGAUGCAGGAACAGGACUGCUGGCCGAGCCGCAGGUGGCCAUGUUCUGUGGCAAACUCAACGUGCACAUCAACGUUCAGACCGGAAAAUGGGAACCCGAUCCGUCUGGAACCAAGAGCUGCAUCGGGACUAAAGAGGGAAUUCUACAGUACUGCCAAGAGGUGUAUCCAGAGCUGCAGAUCACCAAUGUUGUGGAGGCCAAUCAGCCCGUCAGUAUCUGGGACUGGUGCAAGAAAGGGCACAAGCAGUGCCGCAGCCACAUGCACAUCGUGGUGCCCUACCGCUGCCUGGUCGGGGAGUUUGUGAGCGACGCUCUGCUGGUCCCUGAUAAGUGUAAAUUCCUGCAUCAAGAGCGAAUGGACAUGUGUGAGAGUCACCUGCACUGGCACACCGUCGCCAAAGAGUCUUGUGGCGACCGCAGCAUGAAUCUCCAUGACUAUGGGAUGCUGUUGCCAUGUGGUAUCGACCGUUUCCGUGGCGUUGAGUUCGUGUGCUGCCCCACUGAAACGGAGAAAGAGUCGGACAGCGCGGCGGCAGAGGAAGAUGAUUCAGAUGUGUGGUGGGGGGGAGCAGAAGCUGACUAUACAGAGAACAGUAUGGCUCCAGACACAGAAACCAAAGCUGCUGUAGUUCAGGAUGAUGAAGACGCUGAUGAGGAAGAGGAGGAGCCGCUGGACGACGAUCAGGACGGAGACGAGGAUGAGAAAGACGAUGAAGACGACGAGGUCAUCGACGAGCGCAGUGACAACGGGCAGAGCACCAGUGUUGCCAUGACAACCACCACCACCACAGAGUCUGUGGAGGAAGUCGUCAGAGAGGUGUGUUUUGCGAGCGCUGAGACGGGCCCAUGCCGGGCGAUGUUGCCCCGCUGGUAUUUUGUGCGCGAGGAGGGCCGUUGCGUGCCCUUCAUCUACGGAGGCUGUGGAGGAAACCGUAAUAACUUUGAGUCAGAGGAGUACUGUCUGUCCGUCUGCAGCAGUGUGUUGCCCACUCCUUCCUCCAGCCCGCCAGACGCUGUGGACCGUUACCUGGAGACCCCCGCAGACGAGAACGAACACACUCAUUUCUUAAAGGCCAAAGAGAGUCUGGAGGCCAAACACCGUGAGCGCAUGUCACAGGUGAUGAGAGAAUGGGAAGAGGCCGAGAGACAGGCCAAGAGCCUGCCACGCAACGACAAGAAAGCCGUCAUCCAGCAUUUCCAGGAGAAGGCGGAGGUGCUGGAGCAGGAGGCCGCUAGUGAGCGACAGCAGCUGGUGGAGACGCACAUGGCACGAGUGGAGGCGCUUCUGAACGACCGACGCCGACUCGCCCUGGAGAGUUACCUCGCCGCCCUGCAGGACGAUCCACCCAGACCGCGCCACGUGUUCAGUCUGUUGAAGAAGUAUGUGCGGGCGGAGCAGAAAGACCGACAGCACACGCUCAAACACUUUGAACAUGUGCGAAUGGUUGACCCCAAGAAAGCUGCUCAGAUUCGACCUCAGGUGUUGACCCAUCUGCGUGUGAUCGAGGAGCGGAUGAAUCAGUCUCUCGGGCUGCUGUACAAGGUGCCUGGAGUCGCGGAAGACAUUCAAGACCAAGUCGAACUGUUGCAGCGUGAGCAGCAGGAAAUGUCUGCUCAGUUGGCGAAUCUUCAGAGUGAUGUGCGGGUGAGUUACGGUAAUGAUGCCCUGAUGCCCGACAGCACUGCCAGUCUCGACCUGUCACCCGCUGAAGACAUGCAAGGGAUCGGCUUCAUCCACCCCGAGAGCUUCAACCAGCCCAACACACAAAAUGAAGUUGAGCCUGUUGACGCUCGACCCGUUCCUGACCGAGGACUCCCGACUCGACCCGUAUCUGGACUGAAGCCUGAAGAUGUUCCUGAGCUGCGGAUGGAGGCUGAAGAGAGACACAGUGAAGUUUACCAUCAGAAACUGGUUUUCUUCGCGGAGGACGUCAGCUCCAAUAAGGGAGCUAUUAUUGGCCUGAUGGUCGGUGGCGUUGUCAUAGCAACCAUCAUCGUCAUCACCCUGGUGAUGCUGAGGAAGAAGCAGUACACGUCCAUCCAUCACGGGAUCAUUGAGGUGGAUGCUGCAGUGACUCCAGAAGAUCGUCAUCUGUCCAAGAUGCAACAGAACGGUUAUGAAAAUCCCACCUACAAGUUCUUUGAGCAGAUGCAGAACUGAUGGUGUAAACGUCACCCUAAACUCUCCCUCCACCCCUCCUCAUCACGUGACAGAGCAGACGACACCAUCUGUAGCUCACAGCCAUAAAUAUCACACUUGUUAUUGGUCAAUGUCAAACAAAAACUUCUCUCACUGGUCAGAAAGACUUUCAUGCAGAAUUCAAAUUCAGUUCAAAUGUAAUGCACGGUUCAUGUUCUAUUUAUAAUUGAAUUGAAAACAGUGAAAUCAGGUCAGUGUCUAGAGUUGAUAUAUCAUUCUAUAAUGUGGCUGAAAUGUAGGUAAAUGUGAUGCAUAGACUGUCUGUAUUCCUCCAGUACAGUAACAGAAUUGGAUCAGGUUCUGGACUCUGUUUAGUUGACUCUAGAUGUUUCAUGUUUAAGACUGUUGAGUUACUGGUGUGUCUGCUGCGCUGUCGGUCUCACACUACUAAACGACUGAACACUGGGAUAUCUGACAUGUGAACGUCAGUGACUUCAUCCUGUCAGACAACCCCCCCCCCUCCUCCCCCUCCUCCUCUUCAUCACACUGACUGCAGCUGUGCUGUGUUUGGUGACGCAGGUCAUAGAUGAUAACAUGGAUCACAAAUAAUCAUGGUAAUUAUAGUGGUAAAAUUGAUGUCUUUACGAAUGAGAUCUUGAAAAUUAUGUUUCUGGUUUGUUUUUCAAAAAAUAAGAAAAUAAAUCAAUGUAAAAAUGAAGAAAUUUGCCACAAAAUUUCUUUUUUUUAGUUAUGUCGAUAUUGAAGUAAUGCAAAAAAAAUAAUAAGAAGAAGAAUAGUUGUAACUCUGUAGUGCAUGACAGAAAAAAAAUGAUGAAAAACAUUGUUGCACAAAAAAGAAAUUAAAUUGGCUUUCCGCUUUGAUAUAAUUUAGAGCAGUGCUUCUCAACUGGUUUUGAUUCAGGACCGCGAUCAGAACCAUUUUUGAAGCACCAGUUGAGAAGCACUGAUUAAAACACACUUGCUUUUAUUUCAAUAUCUUGUUUUAUUUUUAUGAAGCGAUGCUCCAGCUCUGGACGGCUGGUUGAGGUUAUCGAUGUACAUUAUUAUCUUUAAGUUGAAAUGUUCUCAUCCUGUGCAUUUCAGAGAUUUAUUUACUUCUUUAUAAACAGCUAUUUAAUUGAGAUUUUUCAUCGGGACUCGUGGUUGGAUGUGUUUUUUAAGCGGGGCGGGUGGGACGGGACAUUCUCUGUAUGUUUCUCUCCAGUCAGUUUUGUGUUGUUGGAUUACUCUGUGUGAGCAGAUGUAGAAAUGUCUUUUUCCUCUUCGUUUGUCUCAUGUUACACAGCGCUUGUGAAAUCUCAUCGCUCUGAUUCGCUGCUAUAAAAACAGCUGUUUCGAUUCAGAGAUAAAAGUGUGAUUCAGGAAUGUCCAGGUCAUAAUUGCAUGCCAAAAUCGAAAUAUGUUUUUCCUUAAAGAAAAUUAAAAAUUAACCUAACUCUGACUUUCUGGAAUGUGUCUGGAACAAGAUUAUUUGUAUUAUUAUUUUUACAUUACAGUAAUGAGAAUUUGUGGGACAAAUGUGCUGAAUUGUAAGUAAUAUCACAAUUAACAAUUAUUAUUUUUUCAAUAAUUUGUCCAUUUUCCUUUGAUUUUGGAAUGAAAUGUGACCUUAUAAUUCACCCAGAAAGUCUUUGAUCUAAUGCUCUGCUUCUUUCCUUUUACUGUCAUUCCCACAACUCUUGUUGUCUUUUGACCUGUUUUACUUUUAUAAAAAUGGAUCAUCAAAAGACAUGAAGCUGGUCGCCAGACUUCAAUCUCAGUAAAACCUCAGAAAGGUUCAGAAUCAAUUAUCAGCCUGUCUCAUGAAUGUCAGUCUCAACAGACUCUAAAGACAAACAAUGAUGAAUGUUUAUCAUGGUUAAUUAUUGUCAGAUUUAUUUGUUCUGGUUGGGCUUUAGUGCUGUGGUUGGAUCAGAUCUGGAGUGGUUCUAUAUAUCUAGAGAAAGCUUCUUUAUUUCAGGGGCAUUUCAUCAUUCUUCCGUUUCUUUUGCUUUGACUGGAAUAACUACGCUUUCUACACUGUAUUCCAUAAAUAAAGUUUUGAAUGUACAAACUCCC